UUACAUGACAUUGUUACUGAAGAAAUAAAGUUUGCAUUAAUGAUCUUCACAGACAACUGUGUGAAUCGCUUAUGAAUGUCCAAACAGUACGAUAUUUUAUUUUAAUUGGUUUUAUAGAACGAAAAGUGUUUGUUUUCUCUUAGUAAAAGUAAUAUAAACACAUUUUGAGAUUAUUCAUGUUGCAGGUAAAACCUUUGUUUAAAGCUCCAAUUCAUCUUGGGUCCCAAUUUGCAAUAGUAUUUAAAACUGAUGGUCUAUUGUAUUAUCAUCGUAUUGUAAUUUUAAGAAUGGUUUAAUCACCACAAGGAGGAGUUUAGUAAGACUGCAUUAAUACAAUUCAGUGAAGGAAUUUCUCAAUUCAAUUAUACAAACUUUACAUGACAAAAUAAUGACGUGAGUGAAAUAUUUUGUUCAUAUAAUCUCUUAUGACCGACUGAGAUGCUUUUUGGUAACUUUUCAUUGUAUCAAACUGUGUUCCUCUCUUAUGAUAACUCCAGAGCAUAACAUUCUCACCCUCCCUCUGUGCUUACAUCCAAUUGAAUAUAUACUGUCUUCUUGAUAUUGAUGCUAUCAGAGAUGUAAGGAUAGAACAGCAGGCAGGAGAAGAUGUGAUGAUAUAAUAAAAUGAGGAAAGUCUGUAAGGGAAAGUUGAAUAGUUGCGUUUUUAGAUGCUCAUUCUAACUCCGUCUAGAAAGAGAUUCGUCUGGUAGUGUUAUAGUAGCACACACAGUGGAAAAUUACUGCUUCACAACAUUGUCUCGUGACGUUAUUAAGAACCUUGAGAAUGGAAACUGGAAACUCAUAUCUUCUUGUGAAGACAAAACAAAUGCAGCAUUCAAGGCAGUCGAUUAAAACAAUGGACGAAGAGGUAGAUACCGAUAUGAUGCCACAUGAUCCCGUUCCUUCAACCACUUUCACGCUUUUGGGGGCCAAUGAAUCUAAAGUGCAACCUCCAGUGCAACCUCCAUCAUCACUCACAGCUACUCCUAAAUCAUCGAGGUCCAACCUGUGUCCAAAAUGUGGCAAGAUUUUCCAAAAAAAGUCUGACCUCAUAUCCCACACGAAGAUACACGUCCUAGAAAAGCCGUACAAGUGCUCCACCUGUGAAAAGAGUUAUGCCGGUAAGAGUGAACUCAACUUACACAUGCGACUGCACACGGGUGAGAAGCUUUUCCAGUGCUCGCACUGCAAGAAAAAGUUCUGCAGGAUGAAUUCUCUAAAGGUCCAUUUAAGGACCCACACAGGGGAAAAACCCUUCUCUUGUUCUCAUUGUGGGAAAUGCUUUUCUCAGAAAAAUGUUCUAAAAAAUCACGUGCAGUUGCAUGAAGGAAAUCUGCGCUUUCAGUGCGAUCAUUGCGAGAAGCUUUUCAACACUUCAGCGGCUAUGAGGAGACACAAAAUGACCCACACUGGAGAGAAGCCUUUUGUAUGCACACAAUGUGACAAAAAGUUUACGGCAAAGCCUGAUUUGAAAACUCACCUGAAUAGCCAUUCGGGGAACAAGCCGUUUGGCUGUUCUGUUUGUGGAAAGUGUUUCUUGAGAAAGCCAGAUCUUUACACUCAUCAGCUCAGUCAUCAGGACGUCCGUCCUUUUCAUUGCACACAGUGCACACUAAGCUUCAAAAGACUGAGCUACCUGAAAUCACACAUGAGGACCCACUCCGAUGACAGCCCUUACAAGUGCACCUACUGCAGCAAAUCCUUCAAGCUUCCCGUCUACCUAAGAGUGCACGAGCGCAUUCACACUGGAGAGAAGCCUUACAGCUGUGAGCAGUGUGGGAAAAGGUUCCAUUCAUCCGGAGACUGUACCAAACACCAGCAGGAACACACUGGGGAAAAACCAUACAAGUGCUCAAAAUGUGAUGAGAGCUUUAGCCACAGUUGCUCUUUAAAGAUGCACCAGGUCACGCACUCCAAGGACAUACCUUUCCACUGCGAGCAGUGCGGCAAGAGCUUUAACAGACUUGACACUCUGAAGAAUCAUAAGUUGAUCCACACUAAUGACAGACAGUGAACGUGUUCUCAAUGUGGGUCAGCCUUCAAAGACAGGAAGGAGCUCAAGUUGCACAAAAAAGUACACUCCAGCGUGUUCCAUUGCAGCACCCGUGUAAAAACCUCCCAAAGCCAUCAAGACAUGGCAGGGAUCAACAUCCACAAAUGCUCAGAGUGUGGAAAAUGCCUGAGCUCGGCAAGUUGUUUGAAGAAGCACAUGGAGCAAAAUUUUGGCAAGAAAAUGUACUGCGGUGAGUGUUACAAGAGUUUUUCCACCCUGUCGUGGGUACGUAAGCACCAGAGGUCGGAGCACACGGAUGAGAAGCUUUAAUGGCGACAUUCAGGAGAGAUGGAGUGUGCUUACUCGACUGCCAACAUACUUUACAGUGUCAACCCUGCUUAUGUGAAUCGAUGUAGUCUGUUGAUUAAAACACAUAGCUUUGCUUUAGUACACAUUUUAGAGUUUCUCCUAAUUGCUGUUGAAUCUCGUGACACAUUAAACUGUUCCCAGUCCACUAGAUGGCAGUGUUUGCUCUUUUUAAAGUACACAGGUCACUAUGCUACAGAAGGUGUUUUAACCCUAUUUUUAUCUAACACUUUUAUAUCUGAAAUGAAAGAAUGUAUCAAUUCAAAGGUUUCUAAAUGAAUGUAAUGAAUGUGUUUGCAGUCAAAUAUGCAAGUGGAAUAUCAUUUCAAUGCAAAUGGGACAACUUGAGGUAAAUCCCCCAGAGGUAUAGAUCAGAUCUGAUAUUAAAAAUCGAACUCUUCAUCAGAUGCUGUGAUGACUUUGUGUUAACCUGCCCGAAAGGUCUGAUAAAGCCAUGCACAAUUUGGAGGAAUUUUAAAGACUUCCAUAUGACCAGUGAGGAUGCAAUGUCCCAAACUUGUGAAAAAAAUUGAUAAGCAAUUCAAAGCAGCACAGGCAGCCAACGCAAAUUUUUUAAAAGCUACUGUGCUAUAAAUUGUAUAUGUAAUGACAUAUUUUCAUGGUAAUGAUAGAGUCUGCCUUUCAAAAAAGCCAUUCUUUGGAGUUCAUCAUGAAGGCACUCAAUCCAAUAUGAUUUCUCGUCUGUUUUUUCUAUUCAUUAAAUUUCUUUUAACCAAUUCAA